UGAUGUACAGCAGCUGAAGAAGUUACUGUAAUAUACACACUCUGCUUUCUACAGAAAUAGAAAGGGCUAUAAGCUCCAAACAAUAAUUGUGUUUCAUCUGCCAUUUCUCAGUGAAAGGCUCAGCCUGUUGUUUCUGUGGAACAAUUCCUCGAAAAGUUCAGUUUCAAACACCGUUGAACAGAAAAUAAGCACAGUGUGGAAAGCAGGAUGACUUCUCACAACAUGACGUGGAUCAGCUACCCAAGCAAGAGCCAGAUUUUCAAUUCCCCAGAAGAAAUUGAAGCUGUCAUAACUUCUCAAAACAUCAUAUCCAGAGUUAUGCACUGUUACAUUGCCCUUUUUGUACCCACUGGAUUAAUAGCUGGCAUAUGUGUUUUGAUAAUUUUCAUAAAGAAUCAUUUGCAGAACAAAAGAGUAAGCUUGGACUUACUUCUACACUUCCUAUACUUCACCCUCAGUAAUAUCAUAAUGAUUUUUUUCUCCUUUACUGUCAUCAGCAGACCUGACUAUUUAACAGCAACCCACCUUGCCUGUAGCGUACUGUCAUUUUUUUUCAACUUUGGUUAUUUCAAUUCUCAGUAUGUUUUCAUUUUGACACUUUUCACACUAUUACUAGAGAGAUUUCCACCAUCAACUGCUCUCUGCAAAGCCACCCAAAGACCCAUCUUGUGUGUUGGGCUUGUACUCUCAUGCACCUUCUGUUUGUCCCUGACAGAGGCAGUGCUGGUUGGCGCUGAUAAUUACCACCUGGAAGUGCACUGCCAGUUGGAUCCAUUAUUUGCAUGGCCUGAAUACGAGAUUGUUAAAUUUAUCUUUGGGUUUGGAAUCCCGUCAUUACUCCAGAUCCUCUGUUUUACUGUUCUGUGGGCUAAAGAAGCACCUGCAGGAGCUCCAUCCUUGCAGCAGCACAUCCGCACCUACGCCGCCGUGUACACGAUCAGCGCGACAAUGUUUGUCUGCCGCCUGUUUUAUAACGUCAUGAUUCUCUUCAGGACAGCACUGAAACUGCAGAGGAGCAUUGGAACAACAAAGAAUGAGCUUGUGAUGAACAUUGCAGAAAUAGUGCUGUUCUGUGAGAGCUGUGCUAGUUUGGUAAUUAUACUAUUUCUUCAUAAACCGUGCAACGUUGAAGUACUUAAAGUCAUCGAAAGGUGCCGAAGGAAAACCCCUGCCAACAAUCACCUUGAAAUACCAGAAUCAGCCCCAGCCAUUCAAAGUGGGUCUCAGUAAUACCUGCUCUUCUAAACAACUGUCAAUGCACUUUGCUUUUUAGCUUGUGGGUUUUGGUUUGGUUUUUUACUUCUUAAAAAAAAGGGCAAUUGUUCCUUCUUUAGAACUCAAACUUGGCCUAUCUUACAGAUAGCAGUACUGGAAGAAAAAAGAUGGUCAGUUCUAGUACUCACAGUGGAAUCUGUAAGAAAACUUCCAGGGUCUGGGGCUGUUUGGGUUUUUUUUCAUAUAUACAUGUAUAUUUAAAUAAUCUACUUCUCUGCAAGCCAUUGCUUCAAAGUCAGGUGGAAAGAUGAGUACUGUUGCCAUAGAACUGUGCUUCUGCAAUAUCAAUGCCCUAGCAGAGCUGCAAACAAAAACGUGGCAGGAAGCAACUUUGAAUAAAGGUCAAAAUCUCUAGUCAGAGCAUUUUCUCAGGUGUGCUUCCUCCUUUGACUUCUUACCCUUCAAACUAUGUAUUUCUAU